GAGCGACAGUGGUUGUAGCGGCCGAAGAGAGAACUGGGGCGGCGGUCCUCCCUCACCCACACCAACCCGUCCCCUUCUUUUUCUCUUCUUAACAACGUCAUCUCUGACGUCUUCACCCCCGUUUUCCUGCCUCUCGCAACGACACCGCGACAGAAACCAGGCGUCCCUCGAUAACCGCCCGCUACCUGCGCCGCACCCUCCCACGGAUAAGCGCGUCUCCGUUUUGUACGGCCAUCUGGACAUUUUUAUAUUCGUCGUUUUUUUUUUCUUCUCGUCGAUAUCUCUUUUGCCUUUUGCCUUUUGUCUAGGCUUUGGCUUUGCGGACGAGGACAGAAGGAAAAAAAAAGUCUUGCGUCGACGGGAACUACGAAAAGUGCUCUCCGUAGGCUGGCUCUUUUUCAUCAGCAGGUUUAUUUUUGCCUAUAGAGCGCUAUCCACGAAGGCUGUAUUCUAUCCCUCCAGCCAAUAUCCUUUUUUUUCCUUUGCUGGCUGUUGCUGCUCGCUGUUCAAUGCGUUGUUGCCAGUGAAAUCAAGGACCACACCUAGUUGGAGUUUACCGCCCAGUAGCGCUGGCGCACGCAUCAGACUUGACUGACCACGCGUUGUCUGCUCACACGCACCCGCUCUCCUUUCUCUUUUCCCAUCAUCUUUCUUAUUCCCAUCCAUCCGCUUACACGGCAAAACCGAAUCGGCGGUGAUCCAGGCGUGCGGUAAACUUUUUUUGAUAACCCGCCGCCCGCUUGUUGUGCUGCUUUUGGCUUUAACAAGCGCAGGUUUGAUUUUCCUGCCCCCCCCCCACACACGCCCCCCUUUACCAGCAAGGCCGGUACACACUACAUCAUCGUCAUCAUGGGCGUUGCUGCGAACGACGCCUCAAAGAGAGGUGAGACGAAGUCUCCCAAGCAGCAAAACAAACCUUCUGCAUCCUCCAAAGACGGUACCUCCGACGUCAAAUCGGAUACAAAGACAAAGAUUGAAGCUUCGUCGAAUGCGACAACCACAAAGCCUCUCGCUCCUCCCCCUCGACCUGGUCAGCAAGGGACCAACACCCCCGACUUCUUCACCAGCCAGUCUGGAGGCUCUCUCAGUCUGGAGCCCAAUCCCUUCGAGCAAUCCUUUGGUGGUAGCGGCCCUGAGACGCCAGGAGGCACAAAGCUUCCCUCCGUCGCCGCCUUGACCUCUCCGUCCGCUCUUCUCCAAGGCUCAACAUCUACUCCUUUCACCUGGGGAGGCGGCUCGCUACGAACCGGCCCCCUCAGCCCCGCCAUGUUGUCGGGUCCUACCAACGACUACUUUAGCGACAAUCAUCAUAUGCGCAGUGGCUUUACUCCUAACGAGUCGUCACUUCGAUCUGGUCUUACCCCCGGUGGCAGUGGUUCUAUGUUCCCUGCUGCGAGCCCCAACUCCCAAGCCAUCUUUGCGCAGCUUGCUGGUGGAGGCGCAACCCCCAGCACUCUAGACUUCCAUCGCACUGCUCUUAGCGCUGCUUCUAAGCAGAACCAAGCCGCUAUUGCACCUACCAGUCAAGCCCCCGCUAGUGCUGCUGCCCCCCAGCCUCAAGAAAUGGCCAACAGCGCUGGCAUCAAGACGGAGGCCAAGGCCUAUGACCCUCAUGAUAAUGAUGCUGCCAACGGAUUGUUCUUGCUCGCUCAAGGCCGCAACAACAACCCCGUACCAGCCAACCCCACCACAGCCAAGGCGAAUGCCAAUACAAAGUCUACUGCUCCCAUGGACGCUGCAGAUGAUGCCAACAAUGGCGCUGAAGAUGGCGGUGCUAAGCCCAACACACGCGGCAAAGGCAAAAAGGGCGCAGCCACAGCCGCGACCGCCGCCUCGACUACUGCUAGAAGAAAAGCCGAGGAGCUCCCUGCCAAGGCGCCGCCGGCAAAGAAGUCUAAAGCAAGCGCCCCACCCCCUCCUAGUGAUGAGGGCUCAGAUGAAGAGGAUGGCGACGAUGACGAUGAGAAUGGCCCCAGAUCCAAGAUGACAGACGAGGAGAAGCGCAAGAACUUUCUCGAACGCAACCGCGUCGCUGCUCUCAAAUGUCGUCAACGUAAGAAGCAGUGGUUGGCUAACCUCCAGGCAAAGGUGGAAAUGUUUAGCACUGAGAACGACGCAUUGUCGGCCCAGAUUACACAGCUUCGCGAAGAGGUUGUCAAUCUCAAGACAAUGCUGUUGGCGCACAAGGACUGCCCUGUCACUCAACAACAGGGCAUCCACGGCGCUUUUAUGUCACAAGUUGUCGAGCCGUUUAACGGUCAGAUGAACCCGUACGGAAUGGCACCUGGCAUGCCUAACCAGCAACAAGUCAUGGCUGGACAGGGUGUUCAGAGACGCUUUUCUUAGCAACAGCUGUAGCUGCUGCUAGAUACAAAAGGGUAGAGGGAUUCCAUGACCUAACAUUUGCUGGCUUUCAGUUUAUGUUUGUGAUCCCUCUCGUCCUUCUUCUUCAUCUUCUCGAAGCACAACCACGUCGAUCGAGAAGAUCUUUUAUUCUUUUUUCCCAAACUAGUCUGUACGAUUACACUGCUCAUGAAGAACAGGCACAGUUUUGUCUGGGAAAGUUCCCACGACUAUCACAAACAAGCUCACUUGGCUGCUCUGUGUGUCGUCGUUUGGACGGCAUUCAGUGAGCCAUGUUUGCGCCUAAGCUUCUUUUCUCCUAUCUGCCACUGGAUUUAGGCACAAAAGGGAACAUGCCAGGAGCAGAUCCUGGCUUCUUUGCGGCGUUUAUUUUGGAUGUUUUGCCAUUGAUGAUGAGUACGUUCUACGGACCGUACUCGGUGUUGCUAGGAUAACUGCGAGAUUCUUGUGCGAUUGAUUUGUUGUCAUAAAAAUAGCCAGAACAUGACGAGGCUAUCUGUUAUUUUUAGACUUGCAAUGAUAUAAAUGAAUAUAUCUGUACACACACGCAAGAAUCUUUCGAAGUUUUAAAUAUAAGUGACCUGUAUAAGGUGAAACUAGGGUAAAAUCAAAUGAGCAGGUGUAAAUACAGAGAUGAAUA